GGAUUUCGUCGUCCGCGCAGCGCAGAAAGUUCUAGUUUGAUUACUAUUUUAGUUAAGAUAACGUCACUUGAUUCAUUUCACCGCAAAUAUAAACGAAGUGAAACACUGUCUUUUUCAUUGUGUUUUUUUUUAAUGCUAAGAAGUUAAUGCCAUUCUGCCUGGUACAAAAUCAGAAGAAUAUCCCGAAAACUCUAAACAGGAAGAGAAGUUACGCACACCAUGGUGGUUUUGUUUACAGACCAUCUGCGGGCCAAGGGUGCUCAAAUCUUUCCCUUGAAGCCCGAAGUGAAAGUUCCAGCGAAACCAAACAUCACAAGUUUAAAUAGUCUCCUACAGGAUAUAUAUGUGCGUUUCAUAGCACUAAGAGAUAAGGAUUUUGAGAAAUAUUACAAUGUCUUUGAAAAAAUAUUCUUCAAGCUGCAUGAACUGAUGAAAGAAGUGGAUCCGUACUACAAGAAAUAUUCCAGUAAUGUACUAUACGCGGGUAGCCACUUCGACAAGCUACGCAUCAACAAACCCGAUGAAUUCGACAUGGAUAUCGUCAUCGGGUUGCCCGUCAACGCGGACGAAAACCCCCAAAACCCGGCUAAAAGCGACGUGGUGAUCGAGGAUAUUGCUCCUGGCUUCGUGAGACUGAAGAUGGGGAAACAGUUUCAGAACCUGCCGAAUAGGGAUCAGAGGGAAGAUUGGGAAAUAAACCAGACGGCUUACGAAUGGCUAGACGAUGACAAGUACCUGUUGCGCUCGCAGUUUAUGUACUGGUUCCAGAGUGUGGUCGACAAGGCCAUGAACCUCUUCGAUCAGAACGAGUACGGUGAGCCCUACAUGGGCGUUGAGGGGACUAUGUACACCCUCCGCUUAUCUGCCAGUGGCCCCGCCUACACGCUCAUCAUCGAGGACAAACAAUGCGGGUUCCGUCUGGACGUGGACCUCGUCCCGGCCCUCAAGUUCCCUGAGGAUCGCUGGCCAAUCACCAGGAGAUAUAGAAGGAUACCGAAGCGGUGCAAGAAGGAGUUCUUCAUGGUGGUGCCCAAACCCUUGAAGGGCGGUCGCAGCCCGUUCGACUCGGACCGCUCCUGGCGGCUGGCCAUGCAUAUACAGGAGAAAGACCUCAUGUACCACACUUUUCAUAUGAAACAGGUCAUACGACUGAUAAAGAAGCUCCGCGAUUCCCUAGGCAUGGACAAAAUUGCAAGCUACUACAUUAAGACCAUAUUCUACCAUGAGGCCAUCGAACGAGAGCACGAUGAAGAUUUUUGGAGCAGAAACAGCCCUGCAGAUCUCUUUAUACACAUGGUCAAGAAGUUUCUACAAUACCUAGAAAACAAGAACAUUCCAUACUUCUGGAACCCAGAAAAUAAUUUGAUAGGACACAUUAAUGACUCGACUAGCUACGCAAAUCAGCUGAAGAAACUUGUCAAGAUUUUGGAUAAUUUGGAUGAUCCGUCGAACUAUAAGAAGGUUGCGAAGUUUUUGCUGACGAAGAAUCAGUUUGAGUUGUAUAGGAAGAAAAUAUUGCGCAUAUAAUUUUUAUACGCUUCGUAAGUCUAGUUUUUUUUUCGGAAAUUCAGAGCCGGAAUCUUUGUAGUCACUGAAUAAAUGUCACAGUACACUUUAUGAAAAACUAAAACAAAAUGGUAUACAAGGACCCAUGCUGGAUCUCAUAAAAAAAUAUCAUAGUAACAGACACAACGCGGUUAGCAUCGCAGGCGAACAAAGCGACCUAAUUCCGACCUUAUGCGGCACCGCACAAGGCUCAAUUUUAGCUCCGACGGAAUAUUUAUUAUACGUCAAUGAUAUGUAUCAUAUAUUCCAACAUGGAUCCGUAUAUCAGUUCGCAGACGACACAUGUAUAAUUGUAGCCCACGAGGACUUGGAGACUGCACAGGACGUGAUGCAAAAUGACUUUGAUGCACUGUGCAAAUGGGCCCACGAUCUAGGUUUAUCGCUAAAUUACUCUAAAACGAAACUUAUGUAUAUACACUUAUAAAAAUGUAACCAUAACGCCAAAACUCGUGGCCCACGAACAUAAAUAUAUGCACAGGCCCCGUGCGGCCUGUAACUGUGCUCACCUGGAGAUUGUACAGGAAUACACCUUGUUUGUAACAAACUUAGAGCUAUUUUGUCAAAACUAUUUAUACUGAUUUAAACUUUCACGAUUUUUACUCAUUAUUAUUUACAACGACGGGACGUUUAUAAGAUCGAUUGCAGUUGUGGUAGUUCCUACAUCGGGGAAACGAAACGUACCAUUGCGGAGCGAGUUAAGGAACAUAUCGCAGCUGUCAAGAACCGUCAGGUGAACAAGUCUGCUGUUGCUGAGCAUUUACUAGAGUCAGGGCCAAACCACUGGAUUGAGCUUCACAACCCUAGAAUACUUUCUACAGAUCGUGGGUUUUAUAGUAGAAAAAUCCGUGAAGCCAUUGAAAUCAAGAAACAUAGAAAUUUCAAUCGAGACGAAAGUUUUAAGAUCUCAUCCACAUGGAACCCAGUCAUUAGUAAGUGUAAGCGAAACCAAAUAUCGAAAGUUGAAAAAUCGAAUAUUGUGAGUGUUGUGUGUCGACCCGGUAACAUCCCUAGUGCGCAAAACGUUCAAGUUAAUAAACAAGACCAAGUGCGGGUAGUUCGAAAAACGCGCGCCUAGAAGAUGUUGAUGUCAACUUUAGCCAGUCUUCUCCGAGACCACGGGGACAACGCCGUCCUCGAAACGUCGGAGGUGGGUUUAAUACUUAUUUUACGCGAUUAAGUCCCGUCGUUGUAAAUAAUAAUGAAAACUAUUUAUACUUAAAAACAAAGUUCCCUACAUUACAUUAAGACUUUUGUACAUGUCAAUGGCCGAUUCCCUCAUAAGUUACGGUUUAGAAAGUUAUGGAAGAACAUACAAAACAUAUCUAAACGACAUUUACAACUUACAAUUACGUCUACUUAAAACGAUUGUACCUACAAAAAUCAAAUAUAAAUUCAAAAAUAACUAUGAAAAUCUAUUCAAAUACUGCAGUGCUAACUGUGUUUGAAAAGGUUGAUUUAGCCAUUAUAACCCAAUACUAUAAUCAUAUAACAGAAUUAAGGAAAAAAACACGACCCGCGCGAUUACGUAACUUAGCCAACCUUCCGACAUUUGAAGUUGAAAACAUAAACAAUGUAUACGGGCAAAGAGUGUGGAAGUACAUCUUACCGAGUACCUUGAAUAGAUUUUCAGAGGAAUUAUUAACACUUAUAGAAGGACGAACGAGUAAACAAGCAAGAAAUAUUAUUAAAAAAUACUUAAUUAAAAUAAGAGGCCAGUCUACCGAAAUCGCUUAAUUUAAUAUAUGACCUAUGUACCUAGAAAGAAAAUUAUAUGUAUAAAUAUUGAAUAUA